AAAUGUUUGAAUGCAAUGCCUAGGGGUGGGAGUGAGAGAGAUACAACUGGAAUCCUGAUGUGGUCCGAGGUUUUCCUUGUCAAGACACCCUUCGGAAAGGAGGUGGCGGUCGCUCUCAUGGAUACACAGGGUUCUUUUGAUAAGAGCAGUACAGUGAGGGACACAGCAACUAUAUUUGCACUUUCAUUAAUGACAAGCAGUGUUCUGGUGUAUAAUCUGUUCAAUAAUAUUCAAGAAGACGACCUUCAACACCUUCAUUACUUCACAGAAUAUGGCAGAUUAGCUCUGGAGGAUUCUGGUGAGGUUCCCUUCCAGCGUCUCCAGUUUCUAGUCAGAGAUUGGCAGUAUGCAUAUGAGGAGGCUUAUGGAGAAAAAGGAGGACAGAAUAUUCUGGAUAAACAGUUGAAAAUUGAUGAAAAGCAGCACACAGAACUACAGGCCCUAAGGAGCAACUUGACCUCCUGUUUCUCUGAGAUGUCCUGUUUCCUGCUGCCCCACCCUGGGAAGCAUGUUGCCACGAACCCCAACUUCAAGGGGGAACUCAAGGAUAUAGAUGAGGAGUUUCUGGCGUAUCUACAGGAGUUUAUGCCCCUCCUGCUGUCCCCCCGUAACCUUGUGAUAAAGUCCCAAGGAGGGAAGGAGGUUAAAACCAAGGAGAUAAUUCAGUUCUUUAAAUCAUAUAUAGACGUUUUCAGGGGGAACAGUAUGCCAGAGCCUAAGUCAAUGCUUGAGGUCACCAUCGAGGUCAACAACCUCGUGAGUCUGGCCUCCGCCAAGGAACUGUAUACGGCCUCUAUGGAGAGCUUAUGCGGAGGAGACAGACCUUACCUGAACGAGCAAGUUCUUGAGAUUGAGCAUAAACGGAUUCUAGAUUCAGCCAUCUUGGAAUUUGAUGCCAGGAAGAAGAUGGGAGGAGAAGAGUUCUCUCAUAAAUACCGAGAACAGUUGCUUAGAGAACUAGAGGACUCCUUCAUACAGUACAAGGCGCAUAAUGACAGUAAGAAUAUAUUCAAAGCUGCCAACACACCAAUUACCUUAUUCAGCAUUUGGUCAAUUCUCUACAUAAUUUCACAGUUCUGUGCUUUGAUAAUGCUUACUCCUGUCUCUAACCUUUGUAACCUGUUGAUGUGGGGAUUAGUUUUCACCGGAGCAACAUGGGCAUACGUCAAGUACAGUGGAGAAUUCGGGCAUGUUGGAUCCCAGAUAGAGGAUUGCACAGGAUGGAUCUGGGACAAUCUUUUCCAGGUUCUACUGAGCAAGGCGGCUGAACAGGGAACCACUUUUGCUGUCAGGCAAGCCGCCCAACGGAUGAGCUCUGUAAGUUCCCCCUCCAAUGAGCGGAAGAAAACUAGAUGAAGUUUCAAGUGAAAAAUAAACUAGUUUUGUGAAAGAGUCUCGUGACGUAAUUUUCAGUGAAACUCUAUUUAUCGGGUGGCAUGUCGGACUCAUAACGGUACCUUUUAAACCUAUGUCUGAUUCAGGAUCUCAUUGGCAUGCAGUGUACAGUACACUGCACUCAAUUGUCGGCUGUAAAAAUAAGGAUAUUUCCAUCAUCCUUGAUUAGACAAAGGUUAUGAUGGUACUGUUGUAAAUCGGACAUGCCACUCUUCAAAUAAAGGAUUACUAAAUAUUACGUCUGCAGUCCCUUCAAGUUCUUAAUCAAAUAGUUUAUGUUCUCUUGCUAUAACUAUAUACCGCCAAAUUAUUGUAUAAUUAACAAAUAAUUUCCUUAAUAGUUAAUUAUUUAUCUUUUCUUCUGGCCGAGGCGGGGUUUUUAUCUUUGAUGAACUCCAUCAAAAAUUCCACAUUUUUAAGAUUAUUAAAAGUUCAAAAAUGAAAGUUUCAAGGUUUUUAUUCUGUUUUGAAAGCGAUUUAAAACAAACUUCUAUAAUUUUAUUACUCCCGUUUUUACGCCCUAAAUACCCAACUUAACUUAAAGGGAAGAAAAGGACAAACUUUUUGGAUCUGUUUUGAAGGGUCAACCAAUCAAAGUUUGAUAUCUUACUUAAACAUUGUGGCAUUUCACCAUGAACAGAUUCAAAAUUAACCUUUCUCUACUUUUAACAUAAAUACAAGACUCUGCUCAAUUUCUCAAUUCCGUCCGAUGUCACAAGUGUAAAAAAGUGGCAGCUGGAUUUUUUCAAAUCUCGAAAUGAAAAAUGUUUGUUUUUUAUGUUUUUUUUUUCUCCUGAUCUUUAAUAUGUAUUCUUUCUUGUAUUUUGAAAAGUUGGGUAUUUCGAGUAUUUUUCCUUGUUAUUGUUUUUUAUUUUAUUUUAAGAUACGUUUUAACUUGCCUGGUUUAUUGUUAUCAUUGAUAGCGUAUCGUGUUUAAAAAAAAUUCCCCCUGAUUCCUGACUCAAACUCUUUUCACCCGCCAUAAUGCUGUACCUGGAUCAUGGGGAAGACUGAAACCAAUCAAUCAAUCGCGUCUCAACAAAUUUAUUAAAUUAUUAGUGCUCGGCAUAAAAAUAAAUUUCACAAACCCUGCAUUAUUAACCUUGCAGUACGGUGAUUUUGUACCGUUUACUUUAAAUGGGUUAAAAGGUAUCCAUUUAUGUGAUCAUUUUGGUUUACACUUCUUUUAUAGAUAUGUAAAUACAUUUUAAUAUUUAAAUCAGAUUUUUUAUUACGACCCUCUUAGUCUAAUAUUUAUAUCCUUAAUAAUUUUAGUAAAUAUAGAUAAUUGUAGAUA